GUUAUAUAGCACUGUCAGAAACAGCAACUGAGGCAGACGGACGUCAUUCGCAGUUUUUUCCUAUUUUAAGGCACGAAUUCUGAUUUGUCAAGCUUAAAACAUGCGUCUAACCUCGAUCCUGAACGGCGCCCACUUCGGCAACCUCGCCAAGGUGCACGGCAUUGUCGUCUACAAGCUAUCGCCCUUCGAGCAGCGCGCAUUCGCCGGCGCGAUCAGCCACGGUCUGCCAAAUAUUGUGCGCCGCAUCCGCUCCAACAUUUUCCGUGUGACACCACCCUUCAUCCUGGGUUAUCUGAUCUACGAUUUGACCGAACGCAAGCAUACAGCUUUGCUACGCAAAAAUCCUGCUGAUUUUGAGAAUGACGAAUAAACGAACUGUCUCCUAGUCGGCACACAUUAGCAAAUAGUGAUGUUAAGCUAAAUAAUAAAACAAAACCCGCAGUUCAA